AUGGCAGAGCAGAGCAACCGCGAUGUGGUAGAUCAGACCCUGUCGGGCGGCGAGCCUUCGCCUUCCGACGUUCCUGCGAGCACCAACGACAAUCUAUCUGCUGGAGGGGACGCAGGGAAGACCGAACAUAUCGCAAUGACCACCGCUACAUCGAACAACUCAAACUUGAAUGAUCAGCAAAAUCACGAGAAAGCGAACACUCUUGAUUCACGGGGGAAAGUGCCGCCGGUGACAAGAACGCCGAAGGAUACUUCUAAACAGGGCGCCGGAGUUGUUGCGACUCGAGUUCUUGAACUUAAUGGACUGGCCUCAGCAUCGGAUGGCGGAGACGACACAGCAUCACAAGGUGGUUCGGAAUCGGAUGCGAGCCGAUCAGAUGGCAAGAAUCCCACCCAUAGUGGCUCAGUCAAAAAGCCAGCAGGUUUCAAGCCAGUUUCAUUUGCCAAGUUCUCGGUAAACAAGGUGCCGGGGGCCCCAACACCACCCAAGGUGCCGGAGAAAGUGCCAACUUCUACAACACCACUCGGUACCCCACAGCCAAGCUCCCGACCGCGCUUGGUUGCGAAGACUACACUCGGCAUGCGUGAUUCCUUUUCGAAGACUGGAGCAGGCGGAGGCAAGCCUGGUGGAUCAGGGCCUGAUCCAAAUCAAGUAUGGAAUAAAAACAGACCUGUUGUGCCCGCUCCUCCGAAGCACUUGACUGACGAGGAAUUGAAACAACAAUACGGGAUUCAUAUGACUUCUCGUAUCCAAGAAGAUGGGGCUGUUAGCUCUGAAGCAAAAUGGGCGGAUAUUGAUGAUGAUGAAGACGAUUGGGCCCCUGAGACGAUUGAGUGGACAGAUGGAACUAAGCCACCGGGAGCCCAAAGAGCUACCGCCUGUAGAGCCAAGCAUCGUGAAGGAACCCCCAAGGUUGCGCCGAAGCCAACUAUAUCAAUGGGUUCUCGUGCUAUGGUCCUCAAAGUGGGAGCGAACGCUGAACGGCAAGCGAGAACCGCGAGUGCUUCUUCUAACGGCACAAAUGACAAAGUUCCAUCUAGCUCUACCAGCCCAGCCCCGCCAUCCAAGUCUCCUUGGGCCGCUCUACCUCCCGUCGAAAGAGUGUCUCCAGUCAUUGCCCCAGCUCAGCCUCACCAACAGCGUAUGCCCGUGAGAUACCCCCCGAGAGAUGACGGCCACCAUGGCCCAAUGUCAAUGCCACCCAAGGAGAUUGCAGCGGAUGACUUCAACCGUGCAUGGAAAGACCAGUCGGAUUUGCCUCAACUUUUCAAUCCUCGAUCUUCCCAGUACGAGCCGGUGGCAGAAACCAGGAGAGGAUCUUGGCGGCAUGACCAACACCCCCGUGCUCCUGCGGUUUUGCAGAGGCCGAACGAUCAUCCAAGUGGCCCGGCAGAGCCAUCUGCUGCCUUCCAGACGCACAGAUCUAGUCAUCAGGAUGGUAUGGGCUGGGGUGGUCGUCGUCGCACAUCAUCGAACGUGAGCGGAGGAAGCGGAGGGUUUGACCGUAGGAUGUCGGUUGGCCGAUUUGAUGCCCCUCCCAGAUACAAUGAUGCUCGAAGAGGUUCUCAAGUGAACGGCCUGGGUGAUUCAGCAAUAGUGGGUCACGAGCAGCACCAUGGCAAAGACGAAAUUACUCUGUCUGGUCCAAAUGGCACAGCCCGUCCAGCCGUUGAUGUAGGUAUGUCUCCUGUGGAAACACCAGUGGUUCCUCAGGUUCCUCAGGUUCCGCAAGAACCUCAGGAGGACCCUGUUGCUUUACAAGAGCGUAUUAUGAAAGAGAAACGGCUAGAGGCGAGGCAACGAAGAAUUGAGCAGGAGGAGAAAGAGGAAGCAGCUAAAAAGGAGAGGAUUAGGCAACGUCUCGCGGCGAUGGGUCCUGCGCCAGAGAAGAAAACCCCCGAAACGCGCAACCCCCCUCUCUUCAAUCUCAACCUCAUCCUCAACCUCACCCUCACCCUCACUCUCUUCAUCCUCCUCAAACCCCUUCCCAACUUCCUCAUCCACCCAUCCAUACUAUUUCUUCACCCCCCAAACCUCCUGUUCCAGAACCCAAUCGGGAACCGAAACAGUAUGAAACUCGUUGGUGCGCAUGAUCGUACAUCUGAGAGCAAACAUCUCAACCGACGUGUCUCAUCACCCCACCAAGAUCCCCAUCGUGACUCUGCACCUUCAUCUACCUCCCACCUCAAGACUGAACCCCACUCACCCGUCCAGAGCAAGGCAUCUGAUACCAAGCUUGACGAGCACGGGACUCAGUGGCAAGGCAAUUUAACUUCGACUUCACCCUGGUCCCAUCCCAAUAUUGCUGUGCCUUCCACAUCCGCCAAAAAUCUGUGGAAACCCUUUGGCAGUGACCGCACUCCGACUCUCGGUAACGGUAUCUUUGACCAACCUCUGGGGACUUUUACAUCACGUGAAAACCCUCUAGGCCAACUCGGCAUGGAUUCGUCAAAUAUGCCUACCCCUCCCAAGUUCUCAGCUCCUAAGGAGCCAACCGAUUCCUUGCCAUCACCUGAGGCACGCCACCCCUCAUUUGACCCUCUCAACCCAAUUGGACGCCCCAGCCCAAUUGGCCCACCGACCAACCGGAAUUCUCGUUCGAUUAAUGAUUGGAAUAAUUUCCAUGAGAACGCCCUGGAGAAGGAAUCACAGAACGCCAAAGAGUUCCUCAAGAGACUCCACGACAGACAGAAGGGAGCCCCAGCCCCGCCACCCGCGCCUGUUGUAUUCAGUGAAACCUGGAAGAAGACACGUGCCACUGAAGAUGGCAGACGAGUCGUCACACAGGUCACUGAAAGGGUUGUCAACAACGACGAAGACAUCGCCAAGGCUAAGGCAGCAGCUGCCAACCAGCAAUCCAAUCCACUUACGAGCCUUGAUACUCCUAUGGAUGGCCUGAACGUGUCUGACAUUGGUGUUCGUUCAACCGGCAAUGUUCCCACGCGGAGCUCUCGAUUUUUCCCUCCGGUAUCCGAACAGUCGAAGCGCCAGGUCGCCGAGAAGGGGCGUAGCAGUCCUUCGCCUCCCCCUCCAGAAGAAGUUACAACUCAUCCUGUGUACUCCGGAGACUCCAGCCGGCCCCACGUUAACCUUCCGACCCCCAAGCCUCCCAAGCCCGUUGUCAAGCUGCCUCCUAAGGCCAUUGGUGCCCCGGCUCCCCCGCCGACAUUUGCUUCUAUGGCAGCUGCACCGCCGCGUCACGUGGGCCCUCCUUCUUCGACUGCGCUGUCGUGGCAGGACAAGAUUAAUGGUCUCUUUGGCAAGACCACUCCUACUCAGAAGAAGAGUGUCUUAGCUGUGACAUCAGCUACCAAGGAGCCUCUUCCGGUUCAUGCAGCUCCCGUCUCUGUCUCUAUUCCCCAGACCAAGAUCAUCUCCCAGUCUGGAGAUGGCGAUUUGGCCGUUCGACAAGUCAAUGAACAGGACGAGAUGUUCGAAGACCGCGAACCUGGGUCUCUGCCUGCUGUCCGUGUGCCAAAUAUGGCACCCCAGAAUUCUUGGAGCGCAUCUCGUCCUUCAGAGCGAUCCCGUGGAAAGAGUUUCAAGCCGGUGCAGGCCCAGAGCAUUCAACCGUUCCUGGUUGGACACAAUGAUCGCGACAAUCAUGGCAACACUCGUGCUUCGGUGUUCCUUCCAGGUGGCUCUGAACCUAAAGGUUUCUUGAUUCAACGCAAGGCUGGUCCGACUCGAGGCCGCAAUACCAAUACCAACACAAAUAUCAAUGCCAGACCUCGCAAGGGAAUCAACAAGUCCGGCGAUGUUUCUGGUGGGUCUAAGAAGCCUACCCCUAACACCGUCUCACGACAACAACCGCGCCAGCGGUCGGGCUGGAGCCCCGAACCCCCCACUUCUCGUUAA